GAAGUUCCCGCUGGAGGCCAUGCACCUCGUACUCUCACUGCCCAACUUUCUUGGCGAAAUCAUUCUAGGGCCCGACUCGUUGUCUUCACGGCUGCUCGACUACUGAAUAACUCUAAUUUCACGGUUAAUUACAUCGAGCAGAGCCUCACGCUAGACUACCCGCCAUGACAAACACUAUUAGACUGAUGUUCUGCACGGGCGACUUCUCCAUUUAUGAGGCUGAGUAAACUCAAUCUUGUCUUGAGGACUCUUUACUAAUACGCCCCAACCGCCCUUCUGGGAAGAAUCCCGACUUCUACGGUCCAACAUUGUAGCUUAGCGUGCCGUCGGCAAUAUGACCAUCAAUAAAACGCUCUCAGAUCUCCAAGCGACCGGAUAUAGGUUGCGCAAGCCACAUGAAAAGUCCCGCAAUGGCUGUCUCAGGUGCAAGCAGUUACGCAAGAAGUGCGAUGAAGCCAGACCGAAAUGCUCGCGAUGCACCAGACUGUCGUAUACAUGUCAAUAUCAACAUCAUCCGAGUGCCAGCGGAUCGGAUACAGAGCUGGGAGACUUCCCAAACUCCGAAAUUAAAUUCGCAGGAUCCGAGUCAAUAACAGGGCGUCUUCCGGGCCCCAUACCUUCAUCCACUGGCCAACUUCCUCUUUCGCCACAAUCGAAUUGCGAGGAGGAUAUCCUCAACUUGGAUGUGCCCUCCCCGGAUCCUCUCAAUGCGACAGAGCUCAGUCUCUUAGCCCACUAUCUUUCGCACACCAGCCAAACCAUCCCGUUCGACUCCCUCGAUCUCCACGCUCUAUCGGUCGGGGUACCUAAUCUCGCCUUCAAAUGCAAGGCAGUCAUGUCAUCCCUGCUAAGCCUGGCGGCAGCAUGCAAAUGCCACGACAUGGCACAUGAACACACUCAAAAGCCCCUUGAUAACCAAACCGUAACAGAAAUUCAAGACCUCCUUGCGUUAGCCGAGCGCCAUCAUGCGGCAUCCCUCCGCCACAUCCAAACAACUAUGCAAAAAGCCCGGGGCUACGAUAACGUCCUCGCCAAUGCAGCGUUGAUGGUCUUGUACGCCUCGGCUAGUCACUCCAUUCGCGUUCAUUUAGCAGCUACAGCUAAAGUACAUGGGCAACGGCUCCCAACCGAGCUAUUACCGCAACAUUCGCAAUGGAUUACGUUCACACGCGCAGCACAUACCGCAUCUAGCGCUAUACUCAAUGAUAUUGUCAACGCGACUGCUGCUGGCAGUAUGGUGGAUACGGGACCAGAGUCCCAUCCGACAAUAUCAAGCCCUCUAUCACCGCAAGACGGUCCAUCUCCGACAACGAAGCGCUUAUUUCUCCCGCUCGUGGCAUCCACCUGUGAUCGUGCUCUAAGAAGCCUCCGUAGAAGAGCAGAACGCACAACUGCUGUGCUGCUGCAAGCUCCUGCAUCAUGUAGCGCGAUCGACCAACAACGGGCCCAUGCAUUACUCGAAACCAUAAGUGUUCUGGAGAGCUGCGCAUUGGCAGCGCGAUCGCCGCGCGCAAGUGCCAAUGGGAAGAUGGUGUCCGCGACGUCUCCGAAUACACAACAUACAGCAGGGGUUGAGGGUUCCCGUGCUGUCUCACCAUGGGUGGCUCGAUACAUGAUAAAUGUUACGUCAAUGGAGGCGCCGCAGAUUCUUAGGCGGAUUAUCAUGUCUUUUCUCAAUAAAGCUCCGACCGAAUUUCUCAACAUCGUGCAAUCGGUUUUGGACUCUCCUACCGCAGAAGCUAGGAAUAAAAGUACAACAAUACCGGCGUCACCUACAAGCAGGCAGCUAUUAGUUCUCACUCCGAUGCAUGUCCUGACUAUGGACAUCUUCGCUCAUUGGCUGGUCCUGGUCAUGUUAUUAGAUGGGGUGUGGUGGAUGAGGGAUAUUGGACAGUGGGAGCUCAGCCAGGUCAUUUCUAUGAUGAAGACACAUAAUGUCACUUCCCAGUUAGCUGACACUAACGAAAUGUGGUGGCCGGAAAGUAUGUACCUAGUCAAGCGAGAGCUUACGCCAGAUUCCUAGUAGUGACAGGUGUUGGAUUCCAGGGAAUGUGUGAAAAUGGUAUCAUAUAAGUAGAGCUAUUAUAUAUUAUCUGCACCACUACUGCAAACUAAAUACAGAGCGUUAACCCAU